AGACCGGUUAGGAGGGCGGGACUUCCGGGUCAGGGCGCGUGGGUGAGGAGGGGCAGGACCAGGGAGCCUUGCUCGCCGCUGCUCAGGAAAUGUCUUCACUUUCCGAAUACGCCUUACGCAUGAGUCGCCUGAGCGCCCGGCUCUUCGGUGAGGUUGCCAGGCCCACUGACUCGAAAUCCUUGAAGGUGGUGAAACUUUUCAGUGAGCAGCCGAUGGCUAAGAAGAAGGAGACAGAUGAGCAUCAGGAUUUUAAGGAUGAACAAAGGCGUCUAAAGAAGCUUCGUGGAAAGGGAAAGCCAAGGAAAGGAGAAGGAAAAAGAGCAGCGAAAAAGAAAUAG